AAUCAGAGAGAGGGAGGGAGGGAGAGAGGUGGGGACGGAGAGAAACUCUGUUGAUCAAUCCCAGCUCUAGAAGACUAGAACAUCAGAGCUGACGACGAAACAAGGUUCUAGAUUUAGAGCGUUUAAAGUUUUCUUAAACGUGAGGAGAGUUUUCAUCGUUUAAAUCGAUUUUUGUUAUACAGAAUUGCGUUUGUGAUUUCUACGCGAUCGUUUUGAUGACCAGUAGUUUAGGGCACGAACAGCGGUAAUUUUUACAUCCCACGAAUUUGGUCGGAUACAAGCUGGUAUUUUGACGGUGGGUUGUGAUUGUGGUGACAUAAGUUGUCAACUUUUAUUAUAUUCUGGUGUUUGUUUGGAUGAUUUCUGUGGGAAGUAGUGAUGCAAGGAAGGGGUUAGGGUUAAGCCUUGGCGGUGCUGGUGGUGGUAAGGUAGAUAUGGAGGAGUCUGAGCUUGAGGAAGGCGAGGCAUGCUCCUAUCAAAACAACGAAGAUUUUGACGCCAGCAUCGACCCCGACGUUGCCCUCUCUUACAUUGAUGAAAAAAUUGAAGUUGUCCUGGGACACUUCCAAAAAGAUUUUGAAGGUGGAGUUUCAGCAGAGAAUCUAGGGGCUAAAUUUGGUGGGUAUGGAUCAUUCUUACCUGUUUAUCCACGCUCUCCUGCUUGGUCUCAUCCAAGGACUCCACCAAAAGUUCAUAAUCAAAAUAUGCCUAGAUCUCCCAACAAUUUGCGAUUAGAGGGUGGGCAAGGACAUUCUGUCGAAUAUUCAACUGCAACCCAGUCAUUGAGACUUGGGCCUAGUUCUGUUAACUCCUCGAGGCCAUUUGCGGCUAAGGUACCCUCCACUGAUGGAGAAAUCAACCAAGAAAAAUGCUUAACAUCUGCUUGUGCUGAGGCAUUCACUUCUAGGUGUGAGUCUAUAGACCCCAAAUCUUCAAGCACAACCGACCAGAAGACACUGAAGGUUCGAAUUAAAAUGGGCGCUGAUAAUUUGUCAACUCAGAAAAAUGCUGCAAUCUACAGUGGACUUGGUCUUGAUGUGUCACCAUCAUCAUCAUUGGAUGAUAGCCCCUCAGAAAGUGAAGAAAUUUCUCGUGGGCCUCGUGAUGUUCCAUUCGAUUCUCCAACUAGUAUUCUUCAGAUUAUGUCAUCUCUUCCUAUGCCAUUGUCUCCUCUGUCUGAUGAUCUUCUUCAACUAGCUGGAGAGGAAACAUGGGUCAAAGAUAGCAUACCUGUUCCUGUCCAUGUGGAUGGUCCAGAAAGUUCUGUCAUGUCGCAACUUGAUUCUAAUAUUGUAAAGGGUGACAGAAAAAAAUCAGGGGGGAAGAAAAUGAAAUCUGUGGAUGGAUAUGGGUCCUCAAUAGAAGUUAAGGCUGGCAAUCAUGAAAGCGCAAGGAAGGAUAUUGGAGUUUUAUCAAUGAAGGAGCAAGUUAUUGGUUCAUUGACUGCUGAGGAGCUUGUUUCAAAGACCUUGAAGCUUCCACUUUUAUCAAGUUCAUAUUCUUCCAGUGAUGAGUCAUUAAAAGAUGUGGGUGGACCUUGUGAUGCAUCAAAGGAGACCAACAAGGAUAUUGUGCUGGAGAACGCCUUUUAUGCUGAACAAGCACACAUGGGACGAGUGAAUCCAACAUCUAUGGAAGUGAAUGGUUUCGCAUCAAACAUGAAGGUUGGUUCUGCAAGGAAAGUUGCAGGAGAUAAAGCUGGCACAUCUCUUGAUAACUCAUCAAUUUGUGCAAUGAAAGACAAUUUUCAUGGAGAUGAAAUACCUCACUCAAUAACAGCUGAAUCUGAUGUUGACAGAGGUAGAACAGAUUUAAGCAUUGAAAACGUAAAGCCUCCAAAGAAAACUUUUCAAAAAGGUGAUUUGUGUGAACAAGACGGUAUGACAUUACAUGUUACCGAAUAUCCAUUUCCUGGAGGGAAGAAAAAGUCAAAGGGAAGUAAUCAGACCAUGGCUACUGAGAGCAAUAAUGAAGCCUCAAGGACUGGUGCUUUAAUGUCAAAAGCUAAGAAGAAGAUUGAUGAUAUUUCGAUGUCUAAAAAUGAGACAGAAGAUGCCAGAUUACAGAAAGAUCAUGGAAAGGCUAAAAGCACAUAUAGAGAUUUCUUUGGGGACUGGGAAGAAGAUGAGGACAGAACGGAUUCACUGGAAACCCUUCAUGAGGAUAAGCUGAAGCACUCUGAAUUGGUUAAGAGGAGCAGACCUGUGAUUAAUUCUGCAGAUAAAGAGAGGUUAGGUGGCAAGAAAUUUGACAAGCCAUUAGUAUCUGAAGCAUAUCCUACAACUGCCCCAAAUUUAGUCGGGUAUUCUGGUAACAUGCAUGUCACUGAGUCAACCAAUGGAAAUGGGGUUCCUGCAACUGGGCCUCUAGAUAAUUGGGUACAAUGUGAUAAGUGUCAGAAAUGGCGCCUCCUCCCACUUGGCACAAAUCCUGAAAGCCUUCCUGAAAAGUGGCUGUGUAGUAUGCUCAACUGGCUGCCUGACAUGAAUCGUUGUAGUGUUAGCGAAGAUGAAACUACGAAAGCUCUUAUUGCGUUAUUCCAAGGUCCUCCACUGGAAGGUCAAAGUAUCUCUGGAAGUGUGUUUAUGGGAGGGCCUUCAUCAGCAGUCCAGUAUCCCAAUCAAAACCAACUAAAUCAUGGUUCAAAUGGAAUGCCUGGUGGGAAGAAAAGAACUGUCAAAGAGAUAUCAAAUUCAGCAAGUAAAGAUGGCUCUUCUCAGUUGCCCUAUUCUAUAAAGAAAAACUCUCAGUCAUCAAUGAAAAGUAGAAGCAUAAGUGAUAUGAACAAAUCCCCCGCCAUUAGUGAACCUGAUAUCCGUGGAGAAAAACACAAAAAUAAGCAGAAGAAACAAGAGAGCUAUUCUGAUAGAGGUGAUACUAAGAAUUUGAAGGCAAAAAGCUGCAGGGAUGCUGAUCAAGAAUAUUCUAGAAAAUCCAAAAAAGGCAAGACUGGUAACAUGCAUUUUACUGAUCAGCAGUGGAUUCCUGAUCCAAGUGGAGCUACUAGGAAGUUCCAUCAUAGCUUGAGUAGCAGUUCUCCAACUACUGCAGCUGGCAAGGAACUGCCUAAGCAUAAAGAUCGCUCAUCAUUAGGAGACUCAAAAUAUGAUGUAAAGGACAGGCUGCAAAUUUCUGUUGAAAAAACAAAGGAUAAGGGCUGGGGUUCUUUAGAUGAGGAUACUCGGGAUUUGAGGACUCAUGAUGCCAUUGAUAGUGUAAAGAAAAGGAAAUUGAAGGAGUAUCAGGACUUGGGUCAUCACCACCAACAGGAUAGCAAGAUUUCUGUGCAGGAGUUUUCCAGUAAGGAAAAGAAGAUAAGAUUGUCAAAGUCAGACGGUAGAGAGUUAAGUAUUAGUAAAGGCAGUGGCAAGACUGACAAAAAUAACAGUCAGACAAAACAUCCAAAAAUCAAGAAAGAUCCUGGGAGUACUUCGUCACAACGGAGCUUGGAUGGUAGGGACAGUGUGAAAAGGGACUCAAGAUCUGUGCAAGUUCCGGUUGCCGCCACUUCCAGCUCUUCUAAGGUUUCUGGCCCACAUAAAACGAAAGCCAGCUUUCAGGAAGCGAAAGGCUCACCAGUGGAAUCAGUUUCUUCAUCGCCUUUGAGAAGUCUAAAUACAGAGAAGUUGACUAGCGGGGAACUUAUGGGUAAAUACAAUUUUCAUGAUACUGGUGCCAUAGGUAGUCCAACUAGAUGUUUAGAUGGUGAAGAUGAUGGUGGCAGCGAUCGAUCUGGGACAACUAGGAAGGACAAAUCCUUUGUUGUAGCCCAUCAAGGUUCCCAUGGACCUUCUAUGCUUGAUUUUCAGAACAAAGAGGUUAAUCAUGUAUUAGAUAGCAUAUCUAAAGCUCAAAUGUUGCCCUCUCCUGACAUCACUGCCAGUCACUUUACAAAUGGUGGUGUGGACGCUGUAGACCAAUACAGGAGAUAUUCUAGCACAGAGCAGAUUAAGGAUCAAUGCCUAGGUGAAGACAGAAAUGAUGUUGAUUGUGCUAAUAAUAUGGCUAAUCCAAGGAAAACUGCCAAAGGCUCUUCAUCACGUUUGAAGGACAACAGUCUGAGCGGUAAAUCAGAACCCACUGCUGAAAAUGUCAAGAAGACGACCAGUCUUUCUCAAAUGCAAGAUCAGUCUCCCUCAUCCGAGGCAAAACAGGGGGAUGGUAAAGUUAAGUUGCAGGACAAGCAAGGACUCAAAUCCAACAGAAGUGAGAAUAUAAUUGCUAGCAAGAAAGACUGUGUCAGAAAUGGUGGUGGGCAAAAGGACAAUGAGUUAAAUAGAGGGCAUGAAGUUGAAGAUUCUACUCUAGAUGCCAUUUGUAAGCAGGAACUGCUGUCUGCCUCUGGUCAGAAUCAGUUGCCUGACUGUGAUGAUGAAAGGUAUUCCAAGAGAUCUCUUCCUGAAAGAACUGAUCAAGAAGUUCUUGGUAAAGGGAAGUCUCUCUCGUUGCCACCUUCUGGAGGAGCUCAAACUGAGACAUUGUGUCAUGGUCCCCAGCCAGUUGUUGGUCUUCAUCAAGGGAAUGGAGAUAUGGUGGUUGAUCCUUUGAAAGUUGAUAAUGCAUCAAAACUGCAGAAAAAACAAGUCAGAAAGGCUGAUAAUCAAAAUGGAACUCAACCCCUUAGUUCAAGACAUUCCAUGCUCAAUGGACACAAGUCCAAGGAGAUUGAUGCCCCAAGUCCAAUAAGAAGGGAAUAUUCCAGUCAUGCUGCUAACAAUGCUGUGAAAGAAGCUACAGAUCUAAAGCAUUUGGCUGAUCGUUUUAAGAAUUCAGGAUCCUCUCUUGAGAGCACUGGGCUUUACUUCCAGGCAGCCCUCAAGUUUCUCCAUGGAGCCUCUCUUUUGGAAUCUGGGAACAAUGAUAAUGCUAAAUACAGUGAGAUGAAUCAAGCAAAGAAAAUUUACAGUAGCACAGCAAAAUUGUGCGAGUUUUGUGCCCAUGAAUUUGAAAAGUUGAAAGACAUGGCUGCUGCUGCUUUGGCUUACAAAUGCAUGGAGGUGGCAUAUAUGAGGGUAAUAUAUUCGUCCCACACCAGUGCAAGCAGAGAUCGACAUGAGUUGCAAACAACUUUGCAAUCUAUUCCUCUUGGUGAGUCUCCCUCAUCAUCUGCUUCUGAUGUUGACAAUGCUAAUAACGCUACAGCAGGAGACAAGAUUGCCUUGGCAAAGGGUGUUAGUCCUCCCCAAGUUGCUGCAACCCAUGUUAUUGCUGCCCGAAAUCGCCCCAACUUAAUGCGAUUGCUUAAUUUUGCUCAGGAUGUGCAUUUUGCCAUGGAAGCCUCAAGGAAAUCACGGAUUGCUUUUGCAGCUGCCAAUUCAAGUUUGUGCAAGGGCAAGCAUGCAGAGGGUAUCUCCCCCAUCAAGAAAGCUCUUGAUUUUAACUUCCAAGAUGUGGAGGGUUUACUACGCUUAGUACGGCUUGCAAUGGAAGCCAUCAAUCGCUGAAAAGCCGAGUUAGUUUGAAGAUGGGCCUUGCGUGGGAAGAGCAUGUUUCGUGAUCCUGCAUAUAGGAUUCCCUGAGGUAAAGAUGGCCUGGAUGGUGAUAUCAAGGGCUGUGUUUAUAAUGUUGAACAUCAGCCACUCUUGCCAACUUUUAAAGCUAGUGUUGUCUAUGCACGUUUGCCGAAGUUGUUGAAUCAACAAAGUUGGGGCAUUCAAUUCAUUUUUGAUGCCUUUUAAGAAUGAUAGUUAUGGUUACCCUUGAGAUGUUGUGGAGAUGUUGGGAAUCUGAAGUCUGCAUAGCUGAUGCAUAUCAGGAUUUUGGUUAAAGAUUUGAUCGGUGGGCAUUGUUGACUUUGAUAUUACUGGUCAUCUUUUGGUUGUUUCACGUCCUGGAAGAGUUGUUAUUUUUCAAGUUGUAAAUUUGUAAAUUUUUAACCGAUGGGUAAAGGAAGUUGUGGGUUUGCUGAUCGUCCUUCUAUAUGUGAAAAUUGUACUUUCUUUCAUGGUUCAAGUGUUGUGUAGAGGAAGAUGAGCAGGAGAGAGAGUCACACAAGUUGUCAUGUACAAUUUCUGGGAUUGAUGGUGAUUUUUUUUAAUGUAUUACUUUGUUGAUAACUAACAAGGAACAGAAGGAAAUAAGAUGUACAGAAGGAAAUCUACAUACUAGCACAGAAUUAUGCUGCCAAUACUUCUUUAGCUUAGAGGAAGGUAGCAGAAAUGUAAAUUAACGUUUUACAGUCAAUUAUACAGCAGUGUUCAUGAAGCCAUUUGGUCAUUUUAAAGCUGUUGCGAUAGCUUCCUCUGCAGUAACUGAUAGGUUCAGCGCCUGAGGCAAAUUUUAAAUGCAGUUGCGCUUGAGCUGUGGUUACUUCGUAGGAGAUUUUUGUUUUCAUUGGUUAUUUGUAUUUCUGUUACGUUUAUAUGUGGCCAGCUUGGCACUGAGUAUUUAUAAGCUCUCUUCAAAGAACUCAAUUUUGACACUUCAACCCUGCAGCUACCAUCCACUGGUUUCGUGUACAGAAAUAGUGCGUUUAAUCAUUUAUUGACCUUGUGCCAUAAACCUUAGCACCAAUAACCUUGUAUCUGUUUAGCAUGUAAAAUGAAAUAAAUUGAAGUUGAAAGUUUCAAGUCGGCAA